CACCCACUUUUACUCUCCCCUUCUGACCGUUAUGCAUAUCGUAUCCACCGUGAACGCGAAGAACCAAUCCCAUCAAGACAUCCCCGUCGUUCUCGUCAGUUUCGAUGAGACACGGAAGUUUCUCCCCCGAUGCGAGACGUACAAAGAGAUGCAGCGCAUCGUGAAACUAAAUUUCGGAAUUGACGCGCGUACUGCAUUGAUUCUCGAGGUCUCCACGUGGGACGUGUGUGCGGGGCAGAAUGUCGAGGUCACUGAAGGCGCAUAUACACUCUUGGCGCCAUUUAUAGAUACUCUUACUGUCGCGGUGGAUCCAACUGGCCUUGCAAGGAAUCCACCGGCCACGACCCUAUCAUGGCCGGAAGACACUGAAGUCGAUAUGGUCGUGAUCCAACCCGAUGUAGCGCGCAGCGCCGCUCCCAGCAGCUCGCGCCACGCAGGAGGGUUCUAUCCAACACCCGAGGCAGAGGAAGAGGAAGAGGAAGAGGAGGAGGAAGUGGAUCGAUCCAUACACGUCCAAGACGACAACGAAGAGGACCCACCUCACUCCCGGCGGGCACUCACCAAGGAGUUAUCUGAAGCGCGCUCGAGGACUCAGCCAAAUCCGGGCAGCGCCACAUCGUCCCCGAAGAAAGCGAGCAGCUCGAAGCAGCUGACGCCCAAAGUCAAGCCGGCUCCCAUCGUUGCAGCUUCUCGCAACGCAUCCAUUCGAUCCAACCAGCGUGCGGAGUCAUCGCAGGCAGCGGCAAACGCGACGCAGACUUCUCGGGGUGACGACGAACGCUUCAAGAUCUCCAUUACGGGCCCGGACAACGAACGCGCCGAGUUCACGACGCGCGGAGGACACUCGAUCCGGAAAGUUCUCGGCGGGGCCUGCAAGAACUUUGACGUCGACUUUGACCAAGCGAGGUUGUUCUUGUUUUCUCAGGAUCGGAACGGGCGAACGAUCGAAAUCGAGUGUGACAAGGAUGAGACCGUGGCGCAGGCUGGACUGGUGCCGCACUGCCGGCUCAUCAUCCGGAUGGACGAGGAUGAUAGCGUCACGUAUGUCAGCGACUAAUUGUAGCUGUGAAUCUACCGCUUUGGAAGUCGAGACAACAGCGAAUUACGCAGUCUGGCAUUCAUGGGAACAUACAGAUAAGCAACUAGGUGGGAGGCGAGAUUAUGCGAUGUGCAAUGCACCAUCCUAGUGCAACGAUGGAGGAUACUCAGCACGGACUACAAGCGUAACGAUCAGAAGUGGAGAUACACCAUGCAAUCUGCGCAGGACACCGGCACCGAUAUCGAUGGUAGAUUUUCGAAGCUUGUAUGUCGCGAGACCUGGGUGGGGAAAGUCAGCGCACAAUCGCCAGCGUCACGCUGAGUGAGUCAUAUUCCCGGACGACAGAGGGCACACCCCAUUGCCGCUUGCUGUUUCAUCACGAUUGCCAGUGAUCGAAUAGGCGGGUGACGGCGGACCCACAACACCCAUAUGCGGUGCUCGCGCCUGUGUGCAAAAAGAGACUAUGGACGGACGUUGGCCACCGUCCAUCCACUGGGGGCGCCCAUGUGCUCGGCCUCGAGCCGUUUGCGCUGGUGCGAGAAGGAGAAAUCGUGCCGUAUCCGAUGCUCAGAGCCGUGCGAGUCCGUGUGCGCCGUCGCCAGUGGCCAGUGGCCGUGAGCCGUCUUACAUCGAGCGGUGGUGAUCCUCAUAUGCAUGUACGAGUACGUCGCCAGUAAGCCAGUCUCUCUCAGAUGUCGAUCCUCAUCGAUCGUGUCCAAGCAGGAACAGACACGCCGGUGGCCAGCUGCAGCACCCCUCUCUAACGUGCAUCCCCGGCGUGCGGCCGACCGACGAUCGACGCAACACAACCGAGGCGCAGCGGUCACGACCACGGCGCUCGCAACGUGCACACACGGACCGUCUUCGCCCCCCGGCGUCUCUCGCUUGCGCCUACGCCGUCCGUCCCCCGGACUAGUACUCGAGGAAAG